UAUUAUUAUUAUUAUUAUUAUCAUCAUUAUUAUCAUCAUUAUUAUUAUUAUUCCUCAGGCUUCCGGUCGGCAAGCUGUUUUUUCCUUUUCUCUCUUUUAUUUAUUUAUUUAUUUUUACCAACUCACAUUUCCUCUUGAAAUGCCUACGUCCAGACAACGUUUAAUCUGAGUUUUAUUCUAAUUGCACUCACGGGAGAAUGACGGUCCUUUGUGCCCGAAAACACGAGCAAGUUCUGUCUCCCUCGCGCGCGCGUUGACACACACACACACACACACACACGCACAGUUGCACACACUCACCGCUCCGCUUCCUCCUCUUUUCAUCUCGCCCUCGCGCGCAUUACGUAUGAGAGAUCCCGGAGCCGCGCGCUCCCGCCCCCGCGCGCUCGCGCUAUAAAGCGCACCGGUGCCGGUGCUGUUCCUCAGUCGCUGCGGCCCGAGCUCGAGUUCCAGAGCUGACCAGAAGCAGAGAUAGCAGGCUUUCCUCGCUCAGGCUAACUCGCUCACGGCUUUGGUUCGGGAUGGAAACUCGUGGUGCCGCGCGGCGUCAACGCAACUCUCACGCGCUCAGCUUCAAGAGCGGUCUGUCUCUAUGGCUGGUCCUAUGGCUGUUGGCAUGUCACUGUGCCCCAGGGAAAGCAUGUCCAAGGCUGUGUGUGUGCUACCACAUGCCCAUGACCGUCAGCUGCCAGUCUCAGAACUUCACCACGGUCCCGGUUGGCGUACCCUAUGAUUCCCAGCGUGUCUUCUUGCAGAACAACCGCAUCACCGAGCUCAGGGCUGACUCCUUUGGCUUUGAGACCCAGGUCCUUUGGCUGUAUUCAAACAACAUCUCUUGGAUUGAGGCAGGCGCCUUCAGUAACCUGCGUGUGCUAGAAGAGCUGGAUCUCGGGGACAACCCGUCCUUACGGCAAGUGGAUGGUGGGGCGUUCCGGGGCCUCGAGAGGCUACAGAGCCUGCACAUGCACCGGUGUGGCCUGACCGAGCUGCCUGCAGAUGUGUUCCGCAAGCUUUACAGCUUACAGUUCCUCUACCUGCAGGAGAACCAGCUGAACCACCUGCCCGAUGGUGUGUUCUCUGACCUGGUCAACCUCACGCACCUGUUUCUGCACGGCAACCGUCUUCGCAUAGUCUCCGAGAACGCCUUCCGUGGCCUGGUCAACCUCGACCGGCUGCUUCUGCAUGAAAACCGCAUCCGACAGGUGCACCGCCGUGCCUUCCGUGACCUGGGCCGCCUGACCAUCCUCUACCUGUUCAGCAACGCGCUGCGUGAAUUGCCUGGUCAGACGCUCAAGGACACGGCGGGCUUGCAGUUCCUGCGCCUCAACGACAACCCCUGGGCGUGUGGCUGCGAGGCACGCUCGCUCUGGCAGUGGUUCCGCGACGCACGUGUCUCCAGCUCCGAGCUGGUCUGCACCUCGCCUCCAGCACGCCAAGGCCAGGACCUGCGCUUCCUGCGUGAGCUCGACUUUGCCACAUGCCCACUGCCUGAUCCCGGCUCUCUGACUGGCACCACCACCACCACCUUCAGCACCAAGACACGCUGGUGGUUCUCCAAGAACAAACCUGCUGCCUCAGCCAAGGGUGCUUACCAGAAGACCGCCGAGCUGCCCAAAGCCUUCCCGUUCUCCUCGGUGAAGAACGCCCAUUCCGCAGCAGUAGCUGCUGCCGCGAAGUACGAGCUGACGCCGGAGGAGGCUGCCUUGCCGAAACUUGAGCCCGAAGAGUACUGGGCCAACUACGGCAACGAAGAUGCAACCUCAGUCCGUUGCUUCGAGCUCGACUGCGACGACUCACAGAUCCUCCCUUCGUCUUCUUCUGCCUCGCCGUCGUUUCUCUAUCUCCUCUCUCUCUCUCUUCUGGCUCUCUCGCUUCACUUGCUGUUUGGCUGAGCAGAGUGUACUAAUCUCUUC